CCAAACUCACGCAACACAAUACAAACAAGCACCAAGUUGAAAGCGAUUCACCUCGAGCAGAAUGGCUGUAUUCGACAAUAUCAGCGACAUCCUAAAUGCACCGCCAGAUCAUCUCAAGGCAGCACUCAGAGUGCUAUGCAGUAAGAACGGUGACGUGCAAAAGACCCUCGCCGAAUAUCUCUCUACCCUACACCAAGUAUGCACCAUUCCUUUGCUUGGCAGAGUAGAUGCAGCUGGAACUUUCAAGCCAGCAGUCAAAACAACCGCACCAAUUUCUCUCCAGUCGGAAUUUCAUUUAUGUGAGCGAUGUGAAGAGACAUUUUUGACUCUGAAACAAGCACGGAGAGUGCGAGUACCACGAUGGGGGGUGUGAGCAAAACGAGGACGCCGAGAUAUGGGAAGAAUGGGAAGAGUGGCGAAAGGGACCGAUGACAUUGGCGGAGAAAGAUGAACAUCCUGAGGGGUUCAUCUGGACGUGCUGCAAAGGAGACGGUGAUGCAAAGCCUUGUGAAGUUGGGGUUCAUAAGGCCCCAGGACAAGAUUACAGUUGCCACACAGCCGGAUGCUGGCGUAGGUAUGAAGCGAAAGAGGAACGACGAUGAUGCCGGUCUUCGCAUCUGUGGACUUUGCAAUAAAAAGUUUGAUGAAGGGGCUAAUGGUCAAUCUGCCUGCUCUUACCAUCCAGCCGUGAUGGCACGGAGCCUGGGUGGUGGCAUGGUCCGUACAAAGCUAGAGAUGAGAAGAAAGUCUCAAGGUGUCAUAGAACUGUCUCAAAUGAAGAUCCUAGAUGUUGGUGACAAAGACGAAGAUAAUGAGGAGAAUGACAAUCAGGAAACGGGAGAUGAAGAGAACCAAGACGAGGAUUGCUAA